AGUCGUCCUCGUCGUCGACCUAGUGUUUCACAUAUCGCACUAUCAAAUAUCACAAUACCCGAUAUAGAUAUCGUUCAAACAAAUUAUAGCACUUAUAGCAGUAAUUUUUGUAAUCGCCGCAAAAGUUCGCGAAAAGUGGACUAAAGUGACUGAUGCACGUGUCAAGAGCAUUGAAACGUUCCACAGUUGUGAUACGCUUACUCGAAUAAGUUGAGUGAAAUAAGGUUUCUCUUACACAAGACGGCGGAAAUUUGCGAGAAUUGUGAGAUUACAACACGCGGAUUCGACACCGGCGCAAGAGAUAUCAUCCCCCUCCCCAAGAAGUUCGCAAGCAUAUAGGAAACGUACACACCUGUAAAACUCUUUGGAAGUGUUUUUCACGGAAAAUUUCAUCGAAAAUUCCUUCGAAUUCCAAAAAUUCCCUCAAAGUUCACGAGCGAGCGCGAAGCCCAGUCCCGCCGACGAGCAGCAGAUCAGCGCAGAUUCAGCAGAAAGACUUCACCCACUGUUCGACCACGCCGGCCUGACACUCGACGAAGCUUCCUGUCGAACGCAACGGCUCGAUAUCUGAUUUUCUUUUAACCAAGGCAGCUUCACCCACCCGCGUUGACAUCAUAGAAUGGUAGAAGGUGAACCCGACACAAAGCGCAAUAUCAAGUGUGAUGUAAAAGACGAGCGGCUAAACGGUUGCGGUUCCAAGGAACUCGAACUCGCCUGUAUCGGAUUAAAGGGCAAAACACUCGAUCCGGAGAAGGGAUCCUAUGUUCAAGCUGAUUUCGAGAAGGCCAUCGAAUUAAGCGAAUAUGGCAAGUUCCAUUACUUCCUGCUCGCGGUAUGCGGCUUCGUCAGCACGAGUGAGGAGAUGGACGUGAUCUCCAUGUCCUUCAUCCUGCCGAGUGCGCAAUGCGACCUGAAGCUCGACACCCAAGCGAAGGGAUGGCUCAACUCGAUCAUCUUUAUCGGGAUGAUGGCCGGGGCGUACGCCUGGGGCUCCAUCGCGGACGCUCUCGGUCGUCGGAAGGUCCUGAUCGCCAUCUCGUUCAUGAACGCCCUGUGCAUCGUCGCCUCGAGUUUCAGCCAGACGUACGAGCUCUUCAUGCUGUUCCGUUUCCUGAACGGCGCGGCGCUAGGAGGGAGCGGACCGGUCAUCUGGUCAUACUUCGCUGAAUUUCAGCCGAAAUCCAAACGCGGCUCCAUGCUAUCCUUUAUGGCGGCAUUCUGGACGUUGGGGAAUCUUUUUGUGGCCGGCUUGGCAUGGUUAAUCAUUCCUAGAGAAAUGGGUUUCACGAGCUCAUCGUUCACGUACAAUUCUUGGCGAAUCUUUCUGUUGAUCUGCGCUAUUCCGUCGUUCGUCGUGACGGGAUUGCUUUUGCUGCUUCCCGAAUCUCCCAAGUAUCUCUUGUCUUCCGGAAAAUAUGAAGAGGCGCUCGAAAUCUUUCGCAAGAUAUACGUCAUUAACACCGGCAAACCGCGCGACACCUACACGGUAAAAGAAUUGAUCCUCGAUGACUUUCAAGAAUCGAACCCGGUGAAGGCCGAUGUCGAAGAAAAGAGCAAGUGCAAGACUAUGCUGGGCGACAUCGUGGAGAACAGUAGACAGCUAUUCGUAACGCCCAUCCUUCGCUUCACGAUAAUAUCGAUCGUUAUCAAUUUCACCUUCCACAUCGGUUACUACGGCCUGAUGAUGUGGUUCCCGGAGCUGUUUAACCGUUUCGACGAGUUCCAUCGCGAUCAACCGGGCGAGGUGGCCUCGAUAUGCCAGGUUACCGAUUAUGUCGUUAACAAGGGUUCGCACAGCGACGAGAAUGUUUGCUCCGACAAAAUUGGAGCGUCCGUUUUUAUGGAGUCGCUCAUCACGGUGGCGUCCGCCAUACCCGCUAAUAUCAUCGCUGUUCUGGGGAUGGAUCGCCUUGGACGUAAAUUCUUUCUAGUGUUCAGCACAUUUUCAUCAGGACUAUGCUCGAUCGGCUUAUACUUCGUGUACAACAAAUAUCAGAAUUUAACCGUGUCGGCUAUCUUCAGCGGCGCGAUAAGUUGCGGCAAUGCGGCAUUGGAUUGUCUCAUUACCGAGGUGUUCCCGACGCAGCUGCGUGCAACCGGAAUCGCCAUCUCGAUGGUCGCCGCUCGUCUUGGCGGGAUAAUUGGUAAUAUCGUGAUAGCCCAACUCUUGGACAUGUAUUGUCCAGCACCGACCUUCAUAGUGGCUGCUCUUCUGAUCGGAGGAGGCUUGCUGUGUUUAUUCUUACCGAACACAACGCGCGAACCACUUUCCUGACCUCAGCGAAAAUCCAUCCCGAUCGGGCAGUAGCAGUCUAUCGAUCAUUUAUAUAUACUUCUGUCGCGUACACGAGUGCCGAAUUUUAUGAAAUACCGGGCGUCACGCGACGAUUGCACAGUAGCGUUGCAAAGAGAAAUUUAAAGUUCGAAGAUAUUCUCAUUUCGCAAGUAGGAAACUAGAAUCUCUGCUGUUUAUAAUAAUCCCUAUUAUAAUAGGUAAAAAAAAGGAAACACAUAGAACGUUGUUUAAGCAGAACGUUGUAGCGAGAGUUUAGCGAAAGCGAACGAAACGAAAAAACGGACGUAACAUUUAGUUUUGAUUCAUGAUACACAAAUUAGGCCUUAGUCGAAUUUUAUACAUAUACUGAGACAUUAAUCAUAGUAUUUAAAUACGGCAAUUAAAUUCUUGAACUAAUAUAUAUAGGUAUAUAUAUAUAAUUAUAUUUUCCUACAAUAUAUUCUUUACGAUGCUCAAUCGAGCACCGAGAUUAAAUAAAUUUGUUAUCGCUUUACGUCACAACAGACAUAACUUGACGUACUGAUGUAAAAAGAAAUUAAAAAAAAAAAAAAAAAAUAUAUAU